GUUCAAAGUUCCCUCCGUUUCAAAAUUCCCCGGACACGCCCACGUGGCAGUCAUGUCAAUGGACCCCACUCCCACGGCCACUGCUCUGAAUACCUUCGAUUGAACCCCUCCCCCCGCCCUCUCUCUCUCUCUCUAUCCUCCCUUAUUUAUUCCGGCUAAUUGUGUCCGAAAUCGGCAGUCGGUGUCAGACAACCUUUUGAUUUGUAUAAAUAGUCUACUUGCUUCUACGGUUCUACCCACUCUCCCCACUUUUGUAACAAGAUUUUUAGCUUUUCUUCAUACACAGAUAAGCAGCCGAUCCCGAAAACCAAAAGCGGCCACCGGCGCUACUUCAAUCGGCACAGACGAAGAGAGUAGUUGAGGAAUCCAUUGACCUAAGUUCGUACUAAUAGCAAUUAGCAAGUAGCAGCAUUAUCUCCUUUCUAUUCAUUAUGACACGUUUCUCAUGAAAGCCUGCAACCUUUCCUAACCUCUUACGCUGCUUUUUCUUUUCUUUGCAAAAAACCCACAAACAGCAGUAGCGUACGAUAGCAACUAGACGCUCCUCACCCACGUCAUCAGUCACCACUGAGCCACUGACCACACCCAUCAUCUCCUUUCUGACUUCUCUCUUUAUUGUUGAUUGCGGGUGAUGAACACUGCUUUGCCGGAGAUGUUGCACUGCCUACAAACGCCACCGGAAAAUCUCGUAGAAAGCGUUGCGGACCUCACUAUGCUUGAAAGAAAACGUGCACAGCUUAAACGGCAGCUGCAGCAACAACAACAACUACGGCAACAAUCUCAACAGAGAUACUUCGGUGAAACCCAAUUCUAUGUGUUUCCCCAGCCUCCGGUGACACAGGCACAACAGUUUCAAGAUUUGAUCAACAAUGACCCGGCGCUUCGGGAGUUUGUGAACCGAUCAAUGAAGACCGACCCGGGUUUGGCAAAUGAUUGGCCGGACUUCGGUAAGUACCCGAUCACCAAUACCGGGUUUGGUGGCAAGACUGCGGACUUUGGGUGUAACGGGUUUGGAACUAAUUCUCUUGGGACGGACCAGUCUCACUCUGUCUCUAUUUCGAGGACUUCUAGUUGUCCGCCGGCGGUGCCCUUGCCGGAUGAAAAAGGCAGAGAUUCGGCCUUCGUGGCAACUCCUUCCACGGUUGGAAGAGAGAGUUUCAAGAAGAGAAAAGCGGAUAAGACGCAAAACACAAAGAUUACUGUACCAGAGGACACAAGAGAUAAGAGGAUCAAAACGGAUGCGGAAGAGACCAAGAUCACAGUACAAAGCACCGCUACUACCACACGGUCCACACCCACUACAACCACCACCACCGUCACCAACCCCAGUAACAGCAACGACACCACCACCGCCAACAACAAAAGCAACAAAGAAACUACUGGUGACAGUCCAAAAGAUAACUCAAAGACUCCAGAGGUUCCGAAACCAGAUUACAUUCAUGUCCGAGCGCGUCGUGGCCAGGCCACUGAUAGCCAUAGUUUGGCAGAAAGGGUGAGAAGAGAAAAGAUUAGUGAGAGGAUGAAAUACCUACAAGAUUUAGUACCAGGUUGCAAUAAGAUUACGGGCAAGGCUGGAAUGCUCGAUGAAAUCAUCAACUAUGUUCAAUCCCUUCAGAGACAAGUAGAGUUCUUGUCCAUGAAACUCGCCGCCGUGAACCCCAGUCUAGAUUUCAACGUGGACAACUUCUUCGGAAAAGAGAGUGCACAGACAUUUCCUGCUUGUAAUGGCAAUAGUUUUCCGACGGUUGGAUUGUCAUCGGAAAUGGCGAAUCCGGCCUACCUUCAAUUUAAUCCAGUCCAGCAAGUGGUCUCAUGCGGUGGGUUGGAUAUGGCUAUAAAUCCCCCUGAUGAAAUGACGAUUAGAAGAACCUCCAGUACUCCCAUAUCUAUGCCUGAGGCGUUCCUCGACACAACCGGCUUCACUCAAGCCCCACAUUCUUCAUCAAGUUGGGAGAUGGAUCUACAAGGACUUUACAAAGUGGAGCUUCAGCAAGGAAGACCAGCUGCCUUUCCAACUCAUCCAUUUACAGGGACCCUGGAAGCUAACAAUCUCAAGAUGGAGAUGUGAUUUGGAACUACCAAUCAUAGAUUCCUUGGAGCAGAUGAUAUACCAAAAUGCCUACAAUCUUGAUUUCUUCCUUUCUUUUUUUCUAAUUUUUUAGUACAUAAGAUAUAUUUGUAUGUACACUGGCUGGAAGCAUAGUAGUAAUAACAGAGAUCCUGUAUUAACAAUCAAAAAUUCUUGUCCACCCACUUGACAACAAAUUAAAAUACGAUAUG